AUGAUCAAGCGGUCUCUAGCAAGUAUAGUUCGAUCCAGUUCUGUACUGAGUAGAAGAUCUAUGAUAGCAGCAGCAGGAGGACGUGUCAGAUUCUGUCCAGUUGUGGCAAAAAAUAAUAAUCGUACUGUAAAUACUUUUCAGAAGAGAUUUGUAGAAUCCUCGACAGAUGGUCAAGUUGUGCCUCAGGAAGUGUUAAACUUACCGCUUGAAAAAUACCACGAAGAGGCAGAUAUCUACCUAGACAAUUUAUUAGAUAGUAUGGAAGAACUGAGUGAGGCUCAUCCAGAUUGCAUACCCGAUGUAGAGCUAAGCCAUGGCGUAAUGACAUUGGAGAUCCCAGCUUUUGGAACGUAUGUAAUAAACAAGCAACCUCCAAAUAAACAAAUUUGGUUGGCAUCUCCAUUGUCUGGGCCUAACAGAUUCGACCUUCUCAAUGGGGAAUGGGUUUCGUUGAGAAACGGCACAAAGCUAACAGAUAUACUUACUGAAGAAGUUGAGAAGGCCAUUGCCAAAAGCCAAUAA